UAAGGCAGCGGCGGCGGCUUUGGAGGCCGAGGUCCGGGUCCUGGCUUCGGCCCCAGCCCCACCAUGGUGACGAUCGCUGAGCUCCUGGUGCUCCUGGCCGCUCUUCUGGCCAUGGCCUUGGGCUACUUCGUCAGCAUGGAUGAAGCCGAGGAGUGCUUCUUCGAGCAGGUCACCUCUGGCACUAAGAUGGGCCUCAUCUUCGAGGUGGCGGAGGGUGGUUUCCUGGACAACGUGGAGAUUACAGGACCUGACAAUAAAGGAAUUUAUAAAGGAGACCGAGAGUCCAGUGGGAAGUACACAUUUGCUGCUCACAGGGAUGGAACAUACAAGUUUUGUUUUAGUAAUAGGAUGUCUACCAUGACUCCCAAGAUAGUGAUGUUCACCAUUGACAUUGGGGAGGCUCCAAAAGGACAAGACAUGGAAACAGAAGCUCACCAGAACAAGCUAGAAGAAAUGAUCAAUGAACUGGCAGUGGCAAUGACAGCUGUAAAGCACGAACAGGAGUACAUGGAAGUCCGGGAGAGGAUACACAGAGCCAUCAAUGACAACACAAACAGCAGAGUGGUCCUUUGGUCCUUCUUUGAAGCUCUUGUUCUAGUUGCCAUGACAUUGGGACAGAUCUACUACCUGAAGAGAUUUUUUGAAGUCCGGAGGGUUGUUUAAAAGGCCUUUUCCUGAUGAUCCCAAACUCACAAUUCACUUGUUUACCAAACAUCUUGGUCAUAAUAAUGUCAUUAGUUUCUACAUUUUUAUUUUCUGAACUGUACAUUCACAGCUUAUGUUUCUUUGUGAUUAAUAGAUUUUGGGGGAAAAACCUUCUUAGGAAAGUUGUAGUGAAAAUUUGACAUUUGAUUGGCAUAAAAUUUCUUAUUUGAAUGUUGCCUCUAUCAUACAGGUCCUUCCAGAACUCAAACACUGUAAAUGAAAUAUAGGAGUAUAGUCUUUA